AUGGCCACCCUUGCAGCACCGGCUGCUUCAUUUGAUACUUCCGAGCAUCUCGUUGUUCUUAUCCAUGGACUCUGGGGUAAUCCAGGACAUCUGCAGUUCCUCAAGGACUCUCUGCGUGAGAGAUAUUCCGAAGAUCACGUCCAUAUUCUCGUCACAGAGCGCAACGCCAAUAGUUUCACUUACGAUGGCAUCCAAGUCGGCGGCGAGCGUGUCACCCGCGAGAUAGAGGAAAAGCUAGCGGAUCUCGAGAAGGACGGGCACAGUAUCAAGCGGAUAAGCGUCAUUGGGUACUCGCUCGGCGGACUGAUCGCUCGCUAUGCAAUCGGGCUGCUCUACCACAAAAGGGUCUUUGACCGCAUCGAGCCCAUCAACUUCACAACAUUCGCUGCUCCGCACCUAGGGGUCCGAACGCCUCUUACUGGGGCCCUGAAUUACAUAUGGAAUAUCCUGGGACCGAGGACACUGUCCGUGAGCGGCAAACAGCUCUUCAUGGUGGACCAGUUUCAAGAGACCGGUCGCCCGCUCCUCGCUGUCCUUGCCGACCCUGAGCACAUCUUCAUAAAAGCAUUGGCCCGGUUCAAAAACAGGAGCCUGUAUGCAAAUGCCGUGCAUGAUCGUAGCGUCACAUGGUAUACCGCCGGUAUCUCCGCCACGGAUCCGUUCGUUGACAUGGAUGCGGUCGAGUGCAACUACGUCAAAGGAUAUGAACCGGUUGUCAUUGACGGGGAGAACCCAGUGUCGUUGAAAAAGCGGGAGAGAUUGCCCUUGACACAACUUCUGUAUCGCAAACUGUUCCGUGAAAUACCGCUCGGCAUCUUCUUUGUCAUUUUCAUACCAAUUGGCACUACGGCACUGCUUGCCGGGGCGGUCGUCCAGUCUUUUAGAAGCAGCCGGCGCAUUCGCUUGCACCAAGAGGGCAAAGCAGGCAUAGACGUCAGCGAAUACAGGAUACCCCUGAUUACCGAAAUCCGGGAAGGGGUCGAAGAAAUGUACGAGAAUCUCAACAAUGCCCACGACACAGAAUAUCUCCCUUCAGAUGAUUCGAACUAUGCACGGCCUUCCAAGGUCGGCGCGGAGCACAAGGUGAAGAGCAACCCCGACUUCCCCACCCUGGCCUUGACGAAGGAGCAGUUUGCCAUGAUCGAUGCUCUAGAUGGGGUGGGUUUCAAGAAAUAUCCAGUCUACAUCCACUUGCAUCCGCACAGCCAUGCUGCGAUCAUCAAGCGCAGGGCUGGUGCUGGAUUCGAAGAAGGCAGGAUUGUUGUGAAGCAUUGGCUGGACAACUUCGAGGUGUAA